AUGGCUUAUUUCCUAACGUUGGCUGAUAUGGGAAUUGGAGAGAUAUCUCAAACUAUCGACAGACGAGAAGCGGUGGACCUGACAUACCCUCACAUCAUAGACGACAUUACAUUCACGUCACCCCCACCUAAAUUGGAUGAUUUCACUAGUCUUUUCAAACCAUUUGAUACCAAUUUUAGUAAUGAUUGCAAUCACAUCAACACUACUAAGGAUAAGUUGUCGGUUGUCUUCAGUGGACAUACAUGUUAUGCGGGAUGUGUUUAUUCAAUCAUAGCCUCCAAUAGCGGGCAAAAGAUUCAGACAAUUGAAGACUUGGCUAAUGCACAGGAGUCCGGGACAAAACAUCUGUAUAUUACACAAGAAUUGGAAAAUUUUUAA